CGUCUGUAUUACUUGUACAUCUACACUUCAGGUGGAAUGAAGUUAAGAAAUGUUUUAUUUUGCUCGGACCUAUUUGCAUAGAAGAAUUAAUUGAGAAAAGAUGAAUUCGAUGUUAAACGAUUAACUCUUUAAUUUAUCAAAUCAUGAAAAAAGCAAUUUUCUUUAAAAAUAAUAAUUUGUAAUAUUAAUGAAAAUAACAUUCGUUAAGCAACUUAAAUAGUUAUUUCUUGUCAUACAAGUACACUGUAAAUGAGGAACACAAUUUAGUCAGGAUAAACAGCAAUAUAGCAGGUAAACAUUUACCUUACCAUCUAAUUGACGUGUAUUCUCAUUUAGCAUGACGAGUACACAAUGUAGCCCGCAAUUCACAUUUUCCUUAAUGAUUUCAAACAAGGUAUUUUAGCAAAAACUGUACCAUAACCGUCCAGUAACCCAACCAACUCUCUUACGUUUCACACGUUUUUAAAUCGUCAAAAUGUUAACAACUUUAGGAGUUAUUAUGCUUCUUCAUCUUUCAUCUGGGACUAUAACGUCCAGUGUUCUAUUUCAAGAAGUUACAGCUUACCAUAACAGGACAAGUUAUAAAGCCGAUUUCGCGUAUAAUGUUGUUAGUAAAAUUUACAACGCUUUCCGCCAAUGGUUCUUUACCAUAACAUUCUGUGAAUUCACUUACUUCGAAAAUAGAAUCCUCAAAUACACCGAAAGUAAGCACUAUGGGUACCCUGUGAUACUCCUGAACGGUUGCCCAGAUGAAAACAGGACAAGAAUAAAGCCGAAGAUUAACAAACACGGACAAACCGCUUACGUAAUCACGGGAAAUGUGAUAAACUUGGAGAUCAGCGAGUACGUAGUGGAUACUUUGAUCAGAACUGGCGUUUUCAAGCCUAGAAGUACAGUCAUAUUUAUCCUUAAUGAGCCUGUGGAAAUUGACAGUUACUUUUUCUACACAAUGAAAACCCAUUUUCAGUUCCUUUGGAGUAAGAGUAUCACUAAUUCUGUAGUAAUUUUGAAAGUCGUGGAAACAUUGAAGACUUUUACUUACAACGCAUUUAACAACAAAAUUAUAGACAUCACCGAUGUAGAAGACAUCAGCCAUCUACUGUAUCAUCAGUACGAUAAUCUUCUUGGCCAUGUGCUUAGAUUGAGUGUUUACAAAAAAAUAACAUCUUAUGAUGAGAUAGAACCAAUCCAUUGUAAUUCGAGGCUUACAGUCACAAUAAUGCGCCGUCUUAAUGCUACUUGUAAGCCUUUGGCACCGAGAGACGGCAGAACCGUAGGCGACAUGCUUACUAAUGGCACGGCGUUAGGAGUCAUCAGUGAUUUGAUUGAUGGCUACACAGAGUUGGAGCUAAGCUCACGUAUACUCAAAAACACUUAUUACGGAUACAUUGACACAACGUAUCCCCUUAUGCGAGACGAAUUAUGCUUCAUGUUGAAAGGUGAAGUCAAACAAUCUUCAUUCACUACUACCCUAAAACUUAUAUCAUUUACAAUGUUCGUGGUAUUCAUGUUCAAUGUUGUCUUUAUGAUCUCCAUCACUUUAUUGGCCUGGAAGUUCGAAACUUAUACUUUAAAUUUAAAACAGAAUAAGAAUUAUAUGCCCUAUGGACAUAUUAUUAUGGAUCUUGUGAAAUGUUUUUUAAGACAAACAGUGACUGUAAGAACAGGGGGACCAGUUUACAAAUUUAUGGCCUUUGUAAUAAUUGUCUAUUCGCUCAUCGUGAACUGUACUAUUGAUGGAAUAAUAACUUCAGCAAUUACUUACCCUCGAUACAUAAGUAAAAUAAACACCUUUCAAGAAUUAGUAAACAGUAACUUAACCCUUGGAGUGUAUGAACGCCACGCAGACAUGUUCAAUAUCAGCUUAACAGCUAGUGAUCGAGAGAGGCUGAAAAAUCGUAUAGAGAUAGUAAAUAAUAAAAAAGUCAAACAAUUGAUCGAGCAUAGAAACUUCCACUAUGCACUGUUACUGCGGAAAACCGAUGCACUAUCUAUUUCUAGAAAAAUAAAAAACAUGGAGAAUGGGCGACCCAUAUAUCAAGUGAUGGCGGAUUGUCCAAUCCCAUGUUAUAUCGUAUAUGGUCUACGAAAUGGCAGUCCGUAUCUACGAAAGAUAGAAAACAUUCUGCAUCAUUUAUAUCAGGGGGGAAUAACAAACUACUGGCUGGAAACUGAAAACUACAAGGUUGCCCAGAUUCUGUUCGAUUUCGAAUCAAAAACUUUAAAGUCACUGAGCUUAGCGAAUCUUUGGUCUGUUUAUGUGGUGUGGACGAUUGGCAUAUCACUCAGUAGUUUGGCAUUUUUACUUGAGCUUCUAAUACAUUAUUGUUACAAUAAAUCUGAAAUCUCUGAAUCUGAUUAAACUACCUACUUUUACUAAGCUAGUUAGUUGUAUGUCAAUUAUUUUAGUGCGUGUCCACGACGAAUAACUCUUUGUCCUUCUGAGUCCCUAAUUAUAAGUAUAUCUUGUUAUUAACUAUAACAAAAACAUGUUUACCUUUAAUUUUUCUUGAAGACCC